CUGCGGGAGGGAGUUCCAAAGUUUAACCAGGCGUUGCAUAGUGUUUUUCCUUCGGGAGGGCAACUUUCCAGCUCCUUGCACAUGGGGCUGUUGGGAAAUGUUUAUAUACCUACCGUUGUUCCAUUGCAAAGAGAAUCAUCGAAGGAGCGCGCUUCACAGCAGCCACAAGAGGGCUCUCUCUAGGUUUGCCGGCGACGCCUUUUGCAAAGAUUGCAACCCCACCCAGCAGAAAUUGCAUUUCCUCCCGCAGCAGUUUCCUGUGGCUGCCCUUAGCCGGGAGUCGGCUUCACUUCCUGCCUGAAACUUAAAAGCCCCUAAACAAGGGAGCGUGCAAUGCACAGGUUGCAACAGCCUUUGAAAGGGGGGGGGGGGAAAACGGCUCUGCGGUUCCUUUGCAACCUCUGCGUGCAAAUGCAACGCCCGGACGCCGCAGAGCCUUUUGCAGCGUAGAGGCAGCAUGUUUCAAUUGCUCAUGAUAGUGAAUUUCCUCCAAGCAGCCAGGCUGAAAAGCCUCUGAAAAGCCUCGCUCCGAUGCUGGCUAGGAGGGCGAACAUGAAGAGCAUCAGGAAGGUGGUGGUUUACCUGUCCAAAGGGAACAGCUGCCCGCAGCGCGCCAGGUUCCAGCAGAGCAUCAUUGGGCACUUCUGCACAGGCGAUGAAGACAGCUGGAUGGUGAACUGCGCCUUGGACCAGCGCCGGUUCCUGAUUUCUGACAGGGAGUUUGCUGGCUCCAACAGGGUCCUCUUGCAGAGACCGCCUUUCUGCCCCAUCAAACACCUCACUGAGGCGCAAGCUUCUUCCCUCCCUGCGGAGACCCAGGAGCGAGGGGUGGAUGUGGGCGUGGCCAUCCUCCUGCAGUCGGCCAAUCAGAAAGUGUUGCUGACAAGGCGGUCCAAGACUCUGAGCAGCUUCCCCAACAUUUGGGUCCCUCCAGGUGGCCACAUCGAACAGGAUGAACAGUUGCUGGACGCUGGGCUGAGGGAACUGGGGGAAGAGACGGGCCUGUGGCUUGAAGAUGGGGAGUUUUCCUGGCGCCUGCUGGCCCUGUGGGAGUCGGUGUACCCUCCCAUGCUGAGCAGAGGCCUGCCAAAUCGUCACCACGUCGUCGUCUACCUCCUUUUGCUUUCCCGCGAGAGUCACCAGCAGCUUCAGGUGAGACUGAAGCCCAAUGAAGCAGAAGUGAGCGCUUACGCCUGGCUGGACGAGCCAGUCCUGGCACCCAUCGCUGCUACGCAGAAUGAGAUUGAGGGCACCAGUGCGACGGCAGCCGAUCUCCCACCAACUGUCAGCAUCACCGAACUGCAGCACAACUCAGCCAAGACAGUCGUCAUCCCCACCACAAUGUUCCUCAGCUCUGCUCCACUACAGGGGGAAGACGUUGAAAGGGUGAGCACCGGGACAAAGUUUGCCCUGAGGCUCUGGCUGGACACUUUAGCGGUGCAAGCAGAGUGAAAGGAUCAAAACUGGGAAGAGAGAGGGAGAGAGAGAGAGGAAGGAAGGAAGGAAGGAAGGAAGGAAGGAAGGAAGGAAGGAAGGAAGGAAGGAAGGUAGCAAGCCACAUGGGGCAUGAUCCGGACUCAGAUUUAAUCCUAGUUUUAAGAUGCUGGCAGUUGGCUCUCUCGAUACCACUAAGGUUGAUCAGGCUUCCCUUUUUGGGGUGUGGGGGGGGGGAGGACUGAUCUCACAGGGGAAUUGUAUUUUCACAUUUUAUUGUUCAGGAGCAACAACUGUUUCACUUCUUGCCUGGACUUUCACAGAUGUAGGAACACUCCACACUAACAGUGGCAGGAAAGCAUAUCAGGGUUUUUAAAAGGUCGUGUGUGUUGUUCGUUUUUUGGCAGAACCUGUCAUUGUAGAUACUUAAAAGAGGCAGUCCACUGUGCAGCAGGGAAGAAAUAAACGAAUGCAAACGAUGGGACGCAUCUGAAUUUCACACCAUGAGUUCCAGAAUUUUAUUUCAUGUGCUUAUCUGGUUCCUGUUCAAAGGACUAGCAUACAUGGGUUCCCUUCUCAUUCAAGACGACAGAAAAUAACCCGUGGAAGUGGGGCGGAUUUGAAACCUUGUCUACUUGUUCACUGCGCCACCGUGGCCCAGGUGUAGCAACCACUGCCGUGCUUUUUAGGAAGGGGCAACACAUCUUUUCUACUAUUGCUAUUCUUAUUUUAAAAACAUUACUUGUUUUGAAAAACCCAACAAAAAUAAAAGAAUGGGCGACGUAUGGCUCCACUUUGCUGCUCUGCUCAGCAGAUCGGCAGCCGUAUCCUGUACCAGCCGCGGCUUCCAGACUGCCUGCCAACUCUUACCAUUCAAGGGUAGCCCCGAGUGCAGCACAUUGCAGUAGACCAGUCAGGAACUGCCAACCAGGAUCUCUUGGUCAGGGACAGCCAUGGCAGGUGAACCAGCUGAGGCUGGAAAUUGGCACUAAUGAAGUUAGAACUACUCCACAACAGUUCUUUUGCCAAGAAUUUAUUUUAUCUAAAAGGUACUUUUUGCAUAUACUGUACACACAAUGGCUCCAAGCUGAUAAAACAAACGAGAUUCAAUGGACAGAAAAAGGGAGACCCAAAAGUGUGAAGCCAAGCAUUCCUCUUUUUUGCUAUUGGGGUACAGAUGAAAUAUUUUAAGAUGUUAGCGAGAUGAGGCAGGGUGUGUGUGUGUGUGUUGUCUGCAGACAUAUUGUUUUAAAGCUGUUGAUGGCAUUGAAAGAAAAACCAGAACCCCUGACCUUUCUUUGUCCCAAAAUGCUCAUUGUUAUGUACAAAACAUAGAUGCCUGUAGAGCUUGGCAGUUCUUCAUGCGGCUGCCUGGUCUUAACCCCCACUUGAUAAACAGCUUCAAGGCUGCAUGCCAGGGGUGUGUGUGUUGGGAACCUUGGGGGACACCUGCCCCCAGGUUCUAAGAAAGUGUCUUCCUGAAGGCUCCCCACACCCAUCCUUGAAGAGAAACUUGUGGUAUCGCUUACCAAGAUUUCAUGCUUCAAAGGAGCUGGAAUGUUGGCAAUGCUCAGGAGGAAUGGGGGGGGGAGGUGUACCAAGCAUGGGGAUUUGAGGUUGGAAGACUGCAGGGAUGGGGGACAACAUCAGCUGUAAUGUAGGGCAGGAGCCCCCUCCUCACCCUCAGCUCUUUAUUUCUGGCUUCAAACCUUGCUCAAAGAAUAGCUUCAACAUCGCAACGCUUCCACUCCAGAGGACUAGAAACUUGAGAUAAAUCUCUUGGCGUUUGACUGUUCUAAGCAGAUGCCUUGAAAAAACCCCUAGAGGGAAAUAACUAGGGGACACCAAAGACACACACCUAAUGGCACAUAAUUAAGAACAUAAGAAGAGCCUGCUGGAUGGGGCCAUGGGAAACCUGCAAGCAGGAUUUGAGCACACAAGUGCCCUCUCCCACCCUGCAGUUUUCAGCACCUGGCAUUCCUGGAGGCAGCGGUGAGCAGCUACCGCUAGCCCUCUCCUCCAUGAAUCUGCCUACUGGUCAUCAUUUAAAGCCAUGGAGGUUGGUGGCCAUUGUUGCUUCCUGUAGGAGGGGGUCCCACAGUUUCAACUCUUCAUUCUGGCUUCAUCACCUUUCCGAUUCCAAAUACCCCCCCCCCCCCACUUCCUUCUAUCACCAAUGCAGAUUAAUACCGCCUGCCCACCAAAGGAUGCUCUGAAGAAAAUACGAUGUAGAGUAUUUGCAUCCAUUCAAGCACCCUCUAAAAAGUUAGUGAAAUGAUAUAAUUAUUGGGGGGGGGGGAGAGAGAGAGAGAAACUAAUCUGCGUUAAAGCAAAGGUUGGAUGACCGAGGCACCAACCCUUAUGCUGCAGUGUGGCAGACAUCAAUGCUGCUGAAACGUAAGACAUUCCCUACAGUGGGAACUUCCAACAAGCUCAAAUUUGGGUGGCUGUGAAGUAUAUGGAUUUUGUGUGUUGCGACUUGGAAGUGAAGCUUUGGCCUGAUGCUAGGAAGUUUUCGGGCUGUUUAAUUCUGACUUCCACCUCACUUUGCCAGCCGAUCCCUUUGGCUGGAGAGGCAGCGGUGGUGGGGUUGUUUGCAACUUUUGCAUGUAAUGGAAGUGCUCUACCACUCAACUAUUGUCCCAACGCAGAGAGCGAAUGUCUCCCAUUACCUUCCCAUUCCGGAACCCCAAAUAAGCUUCCAAGGAAGCCUAGGAUUCAACAAAACCUCUUUCUUGUUCCAAACUCAAAUUUGAAAUGAAACAUGAGAGGAGGACUUAUCGAAACAAAAUUCUCCGAGGAGCGGGAGAUCUGGGUAACGGGCUAUGCCAAAUGGAAUUAACAGCUCUGAUCAAAAUGCAUUUGAACAUUUCCUGCCCCGAAAUUGGGCAUUUCUGGCUUUUUGAUCUGCACACCGUGGAUUUUUUAAAAAAAAGUUGGAGAGGC